AUGAUAAAUACAAAACGAAAAUACCGAAAAGAUAAGAAAAAGCAUAUCACCGACCAAAUGCAAUUAUUCGAACUUCUUCAAUUGAGAUGUGAAGAAAUUACAAAAAAUCUUCCAAAAGUUAUUGACUCAAUACUUCAAAUUCAAUCUCAUUUACAUUCUAUUAGUAAUACAACCCCCGUUGGAAUUCACAAAAAUUCGAUGUUUCAACUAAUCAAUUCAUCUGGAUCAUAUCAAAGUUUGGUAGCAGAUAAAUUAAAAAUUAUUUCUUCUUGGUAUGAAAAGUUAUCAAAAGAACUCAACUCUAAUUUAUUAGUCGAUGAUCUUUCCUUUUCAAACAAUGAAGAAAUAAAAAAGAUACAAGAUGAUAAAAAAAUAAAUAUUUGUCAUUACUCUGCUCUAACUUCAUUCUGUAAUAGAGUAGAACAACUUUUUCCUUCAUUAGAAAAUACCUCCGAAUUUGAGAAUACGGCAACCAGAUUGAUCAAAGAAUUCAAAGCGGAUUGUGAAUUAAAUCAAAUCUACACCUGUAAAAACUUAGAGGAAAUUAUCGAAGAUGAACAUCAUCCUACAGAACAAAUUCCUGUUGGUAUAAACCGAAUUAUGACUGAAUUGUAUUAUUCAAAAAAUGAUAAAAGCACAUUAUUCCGAUUAUCUUCUGACACAGAACAAGUCAAUAAAUACUAUGAAUCAAUUCGGUCUUUAGACUAUAAAAGUUUAGAUAAUACAACUUUGUCUUCAUUAUUAAAAAAGUUUAUUCGAAGCCUUAAAUCCCCUAUUUGGCCUGAAGAAUUUCUUCAGCCAUUAGUUUCAUGUAUGGACUCCCAAAAUAAAAUGAGUCUUAUUGCAUCAAUACAUGAUAUGAUAAACAAACUUCCUCCCUCUAACAAAGAAUUUUUAAAGAAAUUAGUUUUUUUAUGCAACGAAGUUAUUCACUCAAAAGAUUCAAAAAUGACUGCUCAAUCAAUUGCUGUUUGUUUAGCACCUGGACUAAUGAGAAAGAAUGAUAUGACAUGUGCCUCAAUAGCAGCAAUUACCCCGACUUUAAAUAAUGCAUUAGCAUUAAUAAUUGAAAAUCAAUCAACAUUCUUUGGCAAAGCAUCGCCUUAUACGGAAAAUUUUACUGAUAUUUUUGGUGAAUAUUCCAACGUAUUUGAUGCAGGGGCAUCAGAUGAGACAUUUGAAGAUCUAACAUUAAAAGUUGACCCUCGAACUCUUAGAGGAACCUUCAGAAAAAGAAAACCAACCCUAUUACCCAAUUCUACAAAUACACUAGUAGCAAUACAACCGAUAAAAAGAAGUAAUUCCGCAGACCCACUUGAAUAA